AUGGGUAAAGAAAAGACUCACGUUAACGUCGUUGUUAUUGGCCACGUCGACUCUGGUAAAUCUACCACUACCGGCCACUUGAUCUACAAGUGUGGUGGUAUCGACAAGAGAACCAUCGA